UUUACUUCUAAAAGUAAAUUUUUUAUCGUUUAUUCUCCGAUGGUUAUUUGCUCUCCUCUUUAAUAUUUCUGCAUUUUACUUCUUUUUUUUUUCAUUUUAUGCUAGGAAUCUUUCAAUGAGAAAGAUCUAGUCUAAGAAUCAGUAAAAUGAAAUUGAAAGAAUGAAAUAAAGAUUUUUGUGGAAGGUUUAAUAACAGUAUAACUACCUAGUCUUCGGCUUUUGGAAGCAAAUUAUUCUACAAUGGGAAUGCUCCUUCCAAAACUUAGAUUAAGAAGGGUUGGGUUGCUCUUCUUCUAGGCAAUUUUUUGUUUAUUGGUUUCUUUACCUCCCUAUUUUUCCUCUUUGAGUGUCUUUUAUUAAGAAACUAACCUGUUAUUUUUCCCCCUAGUGGUUUUUCGAGGUUGAUCCCGUUGAGGAAAGCUGAAAGCUGCAGAAAUGGAGAAUCAAGGACAUGGUUGGUGGUACAGAGUGAUGGUCUGGGAAAUUAUGGGCUUAUUCCUCAAUUAUUUACUUAUUAUCUUGCACAAACAGCUACUUGCUUAACUGGUUGUUUUUCUGAUUAUUCUGUGGAACCUGAUGCUAGAGAUUCGAGGGAUUCCAUUGUACAUGAACAAGAAUUAGUAACAUUUUCUUCUGGACAGAGUGAGGUGUCCAUGAUUAGUGAUCAUCUGUUUUCUAGUGGAAACUGCUCGACAUUGUCUGAAUCCUCUAGUCCUGCUUCUACUACCCCUGCUAACCAUGUUGGAGUAGCAAGGGCCUCUGCUGGAGAUCCAUCUGAAAAUACUGGUGUGAUUGUACAAUCAAAUAAUACUGAGCUAAAUGGGAUUUCCAUUUUUCAAGGGCACCUAUUCCUAUAUGCUUAAUUGUGGAUGUCUUUUGCUUAUUGAAAGAGCAUGGAGGACUGUUCGUGGAUCUGCAGAUGAUAUAGGAUGGUUGAAGAGUGAUCCAGAGACGCCUUCAGUUGAAGAUGGAACUGAGGAGUUUAUGGAAAUCCUUGACAAUAUUAGGCAUGGUCUACACAAACUGCCAAGCUCAAUGGUUUAUUUAUUGGUUCCAGGUCUUUUCAGCAACCAUGGGCCUCUUUAUUUUGUCAGUACAAAAACGAGUUUCUCAAAGAUGGGUCUGACUUGUCACAUUGCGAAAAUUCACAGUGAGGCUUCAGUCGAGAAAAAUGCCAGAGAGAUAAAAGAUUACAUUGAGGAAAUUUAUUGGGGAUCAAAGAAACGUGUUUUGCUUCUUGGACAUAGCAAAGGAGGAGUAGAUGCAGCCGCUGCUUUAUCUAUGUACUGGUCUGACUUGAAAGAUAAGGUUGCCGGUUUGGCAUUAGCACAGAGUCCAUAUGGUGGAAGCCCUAUAGCUGCGGAUAUCUUGAGAGAAGGACAGCUUGGUGAUUAUGUUAAUCUACGGAAACUUAUGGUGAUUCCAAUUUGCAAAGUGAUAAAUGGGGACAUGCAAGCUUUGGAAGACUUGACUUACGAGAAGGAAUUUUUGAAGAAACACUGUUUGCCGAGGGAGCUUCCUGGUGUUUCUUUCCAUACUGAAGCUAGCAUCAGUCCUGCUGUUCUGGCAACAUUAUCUCAUGUUGCUCAUGCGGAGCUACCAUUGUUGACUUCCCUUUCUGCUGGCCAGCCUGCAAGAUUACCUGUUGUCAUUCCCCUCGGUGCUGUAAUGGCUGCAUGUGCCCAGUUGCUGCAGGUAAGGUAUGGUGAAAAGAGCGAUGGGGUUGUCUAACGCUGUGAUGCAGAAGUCCCAGGAUCUGUUGUGGUGCAGGCCAAACGUAAAUUAGAUCAUGCCUGGAUGGUUUAUUAAUCAUUGAAUGAUGACCCUUCUGCAGCAGAUGCAGCGCAAGUGUGCGAGGCUCUUUUGACAUUACUUGUGGAAGUUGGGCAGAGAAAAAGGCAUGAACUUCCAAUGAAAGACGAAUGACAUCAGUCCGCUCAUGCCGAUGUCAU